AUGAACACGGCGUCUCAAUCUCCGGCAACCCGAUCGACGCCCGCCCGAUUUUCUCUCGCCGUACGGACGCGAGCCCGCAUCACUGUCACCGACGGCUGUUCCUGUAAAGGGCCCGCUUCCUCCCCCCCCCCCAGCCUGCCCACCGUGACCGAUUCGUUCGUUCGUCAGAGUGGAGGCAUCCAAUAUCCAAUCGACGCCAGUGACCGACCACCGAGGACCACCCCCGGCGACCACCACCGCCAACCACCAGGGCCAGCGCUCACGGCAUUUACUAUAUUCCUCAACCCCGGCCCCAACUUUGUCCUCGACCUCGACCUCAUCCUCAUCCCAGUUCCAGCCCAACCCCUCCUCAUCCUCCUCCUCCUCCUCCUCCUCCCUCUCCACUCCUCCUCCUCCCCCUCCUUGUCCUCCUCCUCGAUCCCAUCCUCCAUACCAUCCUCGCCCACGUACGGGAUUGCAUGCUCGCCUCCCUCGUCCUCGACCCUGGACGCACCUGCCGCGCGUCCAUUCAUUCCGUUCCGCCUCACGCUGCUUUCUCGUGCUGCCGUGCCCCGCUGUCGAGCAGAGACGAGGCGGGGAAGGGAAACGUGCAAAUGCCACGCGGCGACGACAACCAUGGCCCCGGCCGCGGGCCUCUACUCCAAGUCCUUGGCGAGGUCGCAGUCGAGUCCCGAUCUGUUCUCCUUGCCGUCCUUUGACUUCGGCUUCGACGCCGACUCCUCGACCGCUGCCGCUCCCGCACCCGAGGCCCAGGAGAAGAUUGACUGCAAGGGUUGGACUGACCUCAUCGAGUUUGACGUUCCCUCCUUCAACGCCGACUUUCAACUCGACACGUCGGCGUUUGCCAAAUCCGACCUGGCUCGCUCGACAUCCGCCACCGAGCCUCACCCCGCACCGGUGCUCCGGUCGACGACUCGAAAGGACAAGGUGCCCGAGACGCCGCUGCAGCGGAAGGGUACCCUCUCGCGGUCCAAGACGGCUUCGCUCAUCAACCUGCAACGAUCAUGGUUCCGCUCGAGCCCCAAGUCGUCCAACACGUCGGGAUCCGAGGGGCGUCGGAAGGCAUCGCCGCUGUCCGAGAUGGAGACCAGCGAUUCCCCGAGCGAGUCGCCGCCCCCGGCGCGUGGCACGCCCACCUCGUCCACUUUCGCCAGCAUCUCGAGGUGGCCUUCCUGGGCCACCUCAUCCCGGUCGCCGUCGCCGAAGGGAGCGGUGGAGCAAGCCAGUAAGCCGUUGGCGACGGCUGCCACCACGCGCCACGCCAAAGCGGCGCCCAAACGUCUGCAGCUCGUCACAGACAUGGACCUGCAGAAAACUGACAGCCCUCUCACCCCCGUUUCUGCGAAGCCGCCGCCCGUCCCCAAGGCGGUGACCCGCCCGGCCGUGUAUUUUGCCAAGUCGAAGCAGGGUGGUCCGCCCACCCCGGCGACCAUGGCCAUGGAUGGGUUCCGUUGCGACACCAGCUGCGCCUCACCGUCGACCAGCAUAGGACACCGCGACUCCAACGACGAGAAGGUCGCUGGUGACGAGACCGGUGACGAGACGGGCGACGAAACCGGCGUCGGCGACGAGCACUCGGACGACGACUUGAGCUUCCGAACGAGCGACGAGUCGAGCGACAAGCCGAGCGAUGAGACGAGCGACAAGACGAGCGACAAGACGAGCGACAAGUCGAGCGACAAGUCGAGCGCGUCGCGGUCAUCCUGCAGCGACGGUAGCACAAGCACGCCAAUCACCGAUGACUCGUCGGUCGAGAUGCCACCUCAUUUGCCGGAUCCCCUCUGGUCGGCCUUCAAGUCUCUCGAGGUGGACGUCAAGGGGUUUGCUUCCAAGCAGACAUCUCAACGUGUCCACCUGGUCAAGAAUGCCUUGCUUCCGUUCUUGCGCACCACAGCGGAUCACAGUUCGAACUUCGACUUGUGUCUCGAGCACGUCGAUCGAAGGGCGACCGCGAUGAACAGAUGGUGGAGUGCCAUUCUCGACCUCCUCGACGACCAAGGCCUUCACGCCGUCGCCGGCAUCGACCGGCCCAUCCUUCUCGAGGCCGCCACGCUGCUCAUGAUGCGAUCGGAAUGGCGCCAGGCGACGUCGUACUUUCAACCGCUCGAACUCCGCUCCCCUCUGGAGCGCGUCAGGCCGAGACGGUGGACCAGCACCUCGGCCUCGACCCAAACGUCGCACGAGUCGGCCUUCCUGGCCGAGUCGGCCGAGCACAACGUGCGGACCAUGUUUGUCACCAACCUCGUGAAGCAGAUGGGCUACGUCGUGAGCACCAUGUCGAUGCGCCACGCUCCCCUCAGCCUCGUCAACUUUGCCGGCAAGACGUGCGCCUACGCCUUCUUCUUCGCCCCGAGCGUCGCCGACAUCCUCGUUCGCCUGUGGGGUAUCACCCCGGAGCUCAUCCGACGGACCGCCGACGAGUUUGGACUCCCGCGCAAGUCCUCAGGCGAAAGCGAGGACAUCACCGCCCUCUUCCCCCCGACCCUGGGCCAGUUCGGUUGGAGAUCGGCGGGCGCGACGUGGGAGAUGCUGAAGCAGGUGCCCAAGCUGUCCCUGCUCGUCGCCAGGAUCUCCUGGACGGGGCCUUGGGUGCAGCGGUGGAAGGGCCGGGACACCGAUCUCUUCUUCAUCUUCUGCAAGUACUACCACGUCCUCGCCAACCAGUUCAUACCCUCCGGCCUGCCCCUGACCGAGGUGGCGAGAUCGCCGACCUUUGUCCUCGUCCACGCCCACCUGCUCUCCACCUUUGACGCGACGAUUCAUCGGCAGACGGCCAUGGAGAACGCCUACGGAGCGCCGUUGAUCGACUCGAUCCAGGGGGCCGACACCUCGGCCAUGGCCAUGGCCAUGACCCUUCCGCCGACCAACCUGAUGAAGGGUAUGGCCGAGAAUCGGCUGAUCGUGCUGCUGCGGGACGCCCUCACCGACGACGCAUCCCAGAUGACGUACGCCCGCCACACCAUCGCCCAGGCCUUUGCCGCCCUGAUGAGAGGGGCGACGUGCAAGACGUCGCAGUUCAACAGCGCCGCCUGCUUCACGCUGUGCGAUUUUCUCGAGGAGGCCGUCAUGAUUUACCACGACUUUGAGUCGCGGGACCUGUCGGUGCGGUACAUCGACUGGACCUUCUGGCUCGAUGUUUGCCGGCGGAUCAUGAGCUCCCUGAACACCAUGUCCGAGGUUCGGAUCCUCUCCUUCCUCUACACCACCUGGGAUGCCCUCACCAAGGACCCUCGGCGGAAAGAGGCCCUCUGCCUGAGCUGGCUUCUCACCGAGGAGACGUUCGAUGCCUUCUUCAACAACUGGUGCCCCAUGGUUCGCGCUUACUACCAGCGCCUGCUCUGCUGGAGGAUCUGCCGCGACGACGGCAGCGCCACAGAGGUCGACGUGAAAAUCAUGGCCGUGGCGGCAACGCGACUGAGGACCGCCUGGUCGCAUUGUCUCUUCUUGAAACGAAGCGCCGAGGAAGCGGGACGGGUCCCGCCGUCGACGGUCCCCACCUGUCCCGUCCCCGGGAAGAGGUUCAUCAUCAUUCGACAGGAAGUGAACACGCCGGUGCCGGGGCCUCUCAUGGGCUUCGACACGUUUGCCAGGAUCAUCAAGGAGUCUCCGUCGUCGAAGGAGCUUCCGGAGCCGAGUAGCGUCACCGCCAGGGGCGACUCGAAGAAGCGGUGGUCGCUGCUGGGCAAGGUCCUCUCGAUGACGGGCGGCGCCAGCGCCGAGCAGACGGUGGUGCCGGACGCAGCCGGCAAAGGCCCGUUUGCCGGGACGCAGACCUUUGGCGCCCGGCACGAGGUCGCCGAGACGCCGACGCGCGGCUUCUCGCCUCUCACCCUCCUGGGCUCGAUGAAAUCCGGCACAAGGUCGGUCGAGUCCGACUCGGCCUGCUCGUCGCCCGUGUUCGACGAGCAAAAAUACGUCUUCAAGUUCGUCCUGGGUUGGCACCAGUCGCAGACGCAAGCUGGCGGUCUUGACCUCCGGCGGCCCAGGCUUCCGGCUCCUGCGCACUCGCAGGUCGGGGCCAGGGCUCGGAUGGCGAGCGAGAUGUGGCCGUUGUCCGACGACGCCGACGACGCGGCAGCCGGCGGCAGCUCUCAGCAGCAAGCGUCGAGCGAGUGCCGGAGGAGCUCGGUGAACACGUCGGUUGAGCUGUGGCUCCGAGGCACGCCGACGCCGGUGGUGGCGCUCGAGCACGAGAGCCGGAGCGUGGCGACGGCGGGUGCCGACGACGGCCCCGCAGGAGAGACGCCGUUCGUUUCGACGGAGGCGCCGACGCAGGACGGACCGGACGGCCGGCGAGAGUCGUUGACAAAGGCCGCCAAGCCGGUCGGGGUUUACGCCAGGAAUGCCGUCUACCUGGGUCGAGCACUUGGAGAGUGGGCCCAGGUCGUGCACGAGUGCAACGGCUUCAUCGACCGGCGGCACAACGAAGGCGUAUCCCAACUUGGCGACGUCGAAGUGCCCCAGAUGGGCGUCGAAGGCCUACGCAAGGCGGCCGGCUGA